GUGACACUGACGACUAUAUUCAUUCAGACUUGGCUUAGAGUUUAUCGAUUUACUCGAAGUUUUAGAGCUUCGCAUAGUGAACUUGGUUUAUUUCGAGCAACAACAAAAAGGUCGAUGCGUGUGAUGUCUUUUCUCUAGAGAAAUCGUUAAUUUUUCGAUGGUAACCGUAUGAGUCAUCUUGAAAACAGAUCAUACUUGCUGGUCAUUUUGUUGACAACAGUGGAAUAAGAUAGACAGAUAACAACUCUUUACCAUUUUUAACGUUUGAACUGUCAUCGUGUCGUCUGUGAUUUUCCACAAAACCUGGAGUUCUCUGAUUCACGCGCCGAGAAACUGGACAGGAGAAUAAGUAAUCGUAAUCUUUUUUAUCCCGAAGAAUAUUACCUUCAAAUCGAAUCCUGUGUGCCUUUAGAGUAAAUUACGAAAGUGAUUUUUUAUUGUGAUUAUCUUAAUGCGUUAAUCAAUGAGAGUAUAACCUCUAAGAAGGAGAUUACUGCUACACAUAAAGAAUAAUUGAAGAGUGCUUGUAGAAAACGUUUAACAUAAAAGUCAACAUGGAUAUUGGCUUUUCGUCAUACCACAAUGGUGGACCCGCAAGGGAACAAGAUUUUGGCAGAUUAUCACAAACAAUUGGAACGUCAAUUUUGAAGAUAUCUCAAAAUGUAUCUUCCAUGCAAAAGAUGGUUAAUCAAUUGGGUAGCUCUACAGAUUCUCAAGAGCUACGGAAUCAAUUGCAUCAAAUACAACAUUAUACACAACAGCUGGCAAAAGAUACUAGUGUGCAUCUUAGAGACUUGGCUAUACUGGCUAAUAAUUCAGGAUCUACCAGUCCUGGUGAACAGAGACAGCGUAAAAUGCAAAGGGAACGUUUGCAAGAUGAAUUUACAAGUGCAUUAAAUUCUUUUCAAGCAGUGCAAAGGCUUGCAGCCUCUAAAGAGAAGGAAAUGGUUAGAAAAGCAAAAGCAAGUGCAGGUAUUACUCCAUUUGGAGAGAAGAAACAAGAGACAUUAAUAGAGUUACAAGAUAGCAGAACUCAGAAACAAAUACAGCAACAGCAGUUAAAAGAGGAACAAAACUUGCGAAUGUUGGAAGAACAAGAAGCAAGUAUAAGACAAUUGGAGAAUAAUAUUAGUGACAUCAAUCAAAUUUUCAAAGAUCUUGGUGCUUUAGUAUAUGACCAAAGAGAAGUCAUUGAUUCUAUAGAGGCUUCUGUUGAAAGAACAGAAGUAUCUGUCCAUGAAGCUUCUUCACAUGUAAGACAAGCAACUAUAUAUAAAAAUAAACUGCGCAAGAAAAAAUGCAUACUCGUUCUUAUUGGAGCAGUCGUGCUAUCUAUAUUAAUUGGAAUCAUUGCUUGGCAAAGCUCUUAAAGUAUUUGAUGGUACAAAAUGAUGGUAAAAGACGUAGCUGCACUGCAUCUUAACUGCAAGGUACCAUACUUGGUGUAUUUUCUGAAAAAUCUCCUGAUUUAAUUAAAGUCGCUUUAUGAAUAUGAGGGAAGAGUAGUACUAUCAAUCAAUGGAAGUGAACGUAACGGAAAAAACUUGCAUCGCACUAUAUCUUACUAAUAACAUUCUUAUAAUUGUGAUAAUAAAUGGUGCAAGAUCUAUUUUACGAAUAAGAUGUGCAACGGCAAGUCUAAGACUGCCCAGUCCAUUUGUACGUUUCAUUACUCAAUGUGUAAUAUUAGUGCAUAAAUAUAUAUAUAUAUAAAAGAAAAAUAUAUAAAUAUAUACGUAUAUACGUAUAUAGGUCUAUUCAUGAUAUAGUUGUGAUUAAUAAUUUCACAUUAUUUUAUGGAUUAUAAUAUGUGAAUAUAGAGAUUCAUUCUGAAUGAUGCCAGUCUGCAUUUUGAAAACUGAAUCUCGCAUGAAUUGUAUGAAUCGGUAAGGAGUGAAUGUAUUGGUAUAAUCAUCAUAUAGUAUGCAAAUUGCGAACAUACCACAGAGAUUGUUCUGAUCUGUAAACAUUAAGAUAACAAAAAUUCAAUGCGGAUAUUAUGAAACAGCAGAGUAUAUGAAUGAAAAAUCAAUGUAAGCUAAUUGUAUUAUAUUUAAGAAUGUUAAUUUAUUUUAGCCAAAAUGUAAUAAAUCAUGUAAAAUGAAGUA